AUGAUAGUUAAGCAAGCAAAGCAAAUAACAUUUUUAAAGCCUAAGUGUUCUUCAUUAUCAUUAUCUCCAUUACUUGCUUUUCUUGAUCCAUAUUCAUAUGUAUUAGUAUUAAAUGUUGGUUCAAUUGGUACACGUAUUCAUAUUUAUGAAUUUCGUGCGACAACUGAUAAUGAAAAUGGUGAUACAUUUGUUUUAAAAGAUGAAAUAUUUCGAGAACGUAAAUCUGGUUUAUCAUCAUUUGCUGAUCAUGUUUAUAAAAGUGAAGAACAAAUAAAUGAUUUAUUAAAAAUAGCUGAUCAAGAAGUUAGUCGUUUUAAACAUCGAAAUACACCAUUAGUUUUACGUGCUACAGCUGGUUUAAGAUUAUUAAAUGAAACAAAAGAAAAACUUUUAUUAGAAGGUGUUUCAAAUAGAUUUGGUAAAUAUGGAUUUUAUAGACCUAAAAAGGAUAUUGCCAUUAUGAAUGAAACUGAAGAAGGAAUUGAUGCAUGGCUUACUCUUGUUUAUCUUAAAGGCGAACAAUUUUAUGGAAGUCGUAUAGCUACACUCGAUUUAGGUGGUGGUUCAACAUAA